CAUUGUGGUGUAUUGGAUCGAGCACUCGGUUGGACUGCCACCACUACUGUGUUCUGUGAUACUCUGCUCUCGUCUGGGUGUGAUUUCCCCGCCAGUAAAACAUGAGACUUGUGCUGCAUCCUCGUCUCCGUGUAUCAAUGUAUAGAUAGUGAUUAAGUUAGUAACCCACGAAUAGUAAAACUACAACAGUGUUCAGUAAGUGAAACUACAACAGCCAUGGCGAACAGCCAUGGGGAAACCCCAGAUAUUGCAGAUCGGCGACGCCCUUUCAUCUUGGGUUCCUCACAGUCUGGAGGAUAAUAGCGCACAUUAUGGUGGACUUCGAUGGACUGCUCUACAGUGUUUCGCCCUCGCAUGUAAAGAUGUACUUCCUCCUCCUCUUCGUCCUUCAGCUUUUAUCAUCACCAGCAGCUGGUUUUUAAUCUUUAUCCUCCAUUUCUCAGGUCAGCCUCAUGUGAUCGGUUCCCUUCAGCCAAUCAAGGCUGUUCUAGGUGAUGACAUCAUCCUGCCAUGUCACGUGGAUCCUCCGAUAAAUGUGUCCAGACUAACGGUGGAGUGGUCGAGGCCCGACCUGAAGCCUGACCCCAAAGACCCCCUGAGCAAUGUGGACCUUGUGCAUCUCUACCGCGACAGACGAGAGGUCACCGACAAUAAGAUCUCGUCGUACGUCGGGAGGACAGUGCUGUCCAUAGACGGCCUAGGGAAAGGAAACAUAUCCCUCCAGAUCUUGAACGUAACGCUGGAAGACGAAGGGAGAUUCAGAUGUUUCAUCCCGAAGUUAGAGGGUCAACAAAAGGCUUCAAUUAUUCAUCUUGUCGUUCAGCAAAACUCCCCGAUAACAGAGCCGCCAACGCAACCCAGAUAUCUCCAAACGCCUGAUCCGAUCGAAGAGACGAACGAUAAAGGGGGGGUGUCCAGUCGCAGCAAACUGAUCCCAGCUCUGGUCUUCAGCUGCCUUUUGGUGAUCGGGUUUAUAGUAUUUUUAACACUGGGUUAUAAAAAAUGGCAAAACAAGAAGAAACUCACAUGCUCUAAUUUAAUACUGUAAUACAUUACUUAUCCCUUAUUAUAUAAUUGAUUUCUUUCUCUUUCUCUUUGUGAGGAAGCAGACCAACCCCAGAGAAUCCUUUAAAUUGCACUAACCUAAUUUAACUUUGACACUGAUGUGGAAAGUUUUUGCACAGAAUAGAUAAAGGAGUUCGUUUGAAGCAAGCUGGAGCUUUUUCCAAAAUGUAAUCUGGGUUCUAUUUGAACUCCAAGUAGCUUUAUCAUGCACCUGCAGUAGGACAUACGCAGAAAUGUGUGUUUUACUUUAUUCAACUGCUUUGGAGGUCCAGCUGUUUCAAUCCUUUGGAGCUGACUUGUGUUCAAAGUGCUAAAACAUUUCUGUACGUCCUUGUUCAUGAGUCCUUUGACUUCCCUAGAUUGUUCUAUUGUGUUCUGUUGUUAAUUUAGGAUUUGAAUACCCGCUCGUGUGUGUGUGUGCAGCAGGACGUUGAGGAAGCUCAUCAUUUAUUUAUUGUGUUGUUAAAUGUUCUAAUCAUCUCUAACUUUCAAUCUAAAAUGUUCCUAAAAAAGCUGGACUUUUCAUCGGUGGAAAAUUGUUCUAUCUGUUGUUGAUUUUAAGCACUUUACGUCGCAAAAUCUUUUACUGUACGGUGUUUGGUUCUGUGUUCAAAAGUAAUCACUGUAGUAACCUUUUACGCUGUUUAACGAACUGUUCUUCAUCUUCUAAGUUAUUAUUUUUUUCUAUUACUGUUUUCAAACCUUCUCCAACACUUGAGUGAAUGUGACUUGACAUUAUUUCCAAACGAGGUUGUUUGUUGCGACAUUUGAAGUGAAUAUAGCCUUUGGGACUACAGUGAAUAGAUGCCAAAGCAUUUCCGUUUCAUUACAGUGUGUUUGCAUCAUCUGCGCUGUGUGUAAUAACUGUGCCGGAGUUCAGUGUUUAAUCAGCUAUCAGUGAAAGGUCAUUAAAGCUGACAGUAAAUCUCA